UGGCCUCUACUUUUCCCGUUGACCUAGCAACGCUGGGAAGUAUUGUUGUUGAGGAAUUGUCGUGAAACACAGCAAAUGAGACGAAAUGACAUCCGAGUCCAUUUUAGCCGAGUUAUUUGACUCGAUUCGAGCCCAAGAAAGUGACGAUUCGGCUCCAAGUUCCAUUGUCUCUGAUGAUGGGGAAAAAAACAUGGAAUCGGAUCGUCGGGAGGAUGAGGGUGACGAGAAGAAGCGAGAGAGAAAAGAGCGAAAACGGAAGAAAAAAGAGAAAAAGGCCAAGAAAAGACGAAGAAGAAAGUCACAAAAAUAUAAUGAACAUGAUGAAGAAGAAGAGGAAGAACGAAGAAAAAGUGAACACUCGCGCGAACGAAAGAGCUCCUCUUCACGGACAGACAGACAUGCCAGAGAUGACCUUGAGAGAAGGAAUAAUGGUGGAGAAACCGCGAUCAAAUCCUUAAGGCAUCCUUCUCAUGCCCGGUAUGAGUCCAAGUGCAGGGAAGCUGAUAGGGAUCAUCGCUUAGAAUAUCAUCGAAGAAGUGAUCAUGAGACUCAGUCUCGACGGCAUGACUCCAACCGAGCCAGAGAUAGUCGAUCUUCUCGUGAGCGACACCGCAGACACGACCUGAAGAGACAUCAAGAGAGUCGGGCUCCAAUUCGUCGGGACGAUGACAUCUUUUGGGAUUCGACCUGGGAUGCCAUGGAACUGCAAAAGAAGGCCGAUCAACAAGAGCGAAGAGGUAAACACUUCUGGCGAGAAGAUCGCGAAAGAACGCCAACCCUCAGUCCCAGUCUAAGUCCAAAAAGGGAACGAUUACCGAGUCCGGAUUGCGAGGAAUUAAGACGAUUAAAGAAGCUGAAGGCCAUUCAGGAAUUCGCUGUGAAAGACGACGAGAAAUAUGUGAGCGUUCCUCCGGAUAGCAAUGACUUUGAAUACGACAACAUGACGAAAAUGUGGAAACGAAAGAUCCAGGAGGCUCCGAAAAUACAUUGCAGGGAGAAAACUUAUGAUGAGAUCCUCAAAGAGGGAAUGGAAGAACAGUUUCAGAUCAAGGCCGAACAAAUAGAUCCUAGGGAUAAAGAUGAAGUCACCUUGAAUAAGAAGAUCGAUCGCUCCAAACUCACGUUGGACGAAAUUGAAGAAAUCCGAAGGAAGCGGGAAAAGUUCAAGAAAGAAAAAGAAAAGAAAGAGAAAGAAGAAAAAGAGGAAGGAGAAAUUGAAGAUGUUGCUGAAGGAAAUGUCCCGCCCAAGAGAGAUCGUUCCAGACGAACAAGUCCGAAUCGAGCACAUCGAUCCGUAUCCCGCCGAAGAUCCGGGUCUAGGCAUUAUGAACGAGGUCGAGAUCGCUACGAGCGAUACCCUUCUAAACGUGAUAACUUCGGUCAAAGUCGCCACUACGAUGGUCAUAACCGCAAUCGUUACUCUAUUCGCAGUCGGUCUAGAUCUCGAGAACGACGUCGAUCCAGGUCCAGAUCCAGAGAUCGUUUCAGGGGCUCCAAAGCUGCCAUUGACAAAGAAAAGCUUUUAGCGAUCGCCAAGAAGAAUGCCGUCAAGCUCCUUAGUAGUGACAAUCUAAUGGGCAUGGAUCAUGGCCGACUCCUAGCCAUCAAAUCCGGAGGCCAAAAUCUGGCCCAAUUGACAGAUUUCUGUCGCGAAUUGGCCAGAAAGGGAAUCACGGAUGAAUUCUCGGAUCACGAAAAACUGCUUCCAGGUCAAUCCGAUGAUGAGGAAGUCGAGUAUCAUCACCCAUUCAUGGUCAAGGAUAGACCCGUUCCCACACCGUUCUCAUUCGGAAGGGCUCCUGGAUCGAGCUUAGCGGCCACCGGAGUAGCCAUCGAAUAUCUCAAUCCCGAGGCCAAAGUCGCGGCCAAAAGUCAUCGUAUGCUAGAGUUUCCUGUCUCUAGUGGCAAUGCUCACCGAGUCAAAGAAACCACCACUAUAGAGAAAGAAGAAAAUCCUAAAGAGGCCACACCACCUCCUCCAACGACAGCAAUAAUUGUUCCCGAACCGGUGGAAGUCACAAAAGAAAGCGUGGAAACGCCUCAAGUUGAAACCCAAGCUGAAAUUGUCAAUAAAUCUAAUCCCCUGGGGGUUCUCAUGUUUGGCGGGGCCAAAGAGCCUGAACCGGAAGUCAAGGCUGUGGAACCACGUGCGCAAUUGGCGAUUGAAGGUCCGAAGCCAGCGACAACGCCCGAAAUCGAGGAGAGCGCUUCGGUGUUCGAAAACGUCGAAGAGCCCAACAAAGACAUUGGUAGUAUAGUGAGUCAACGUCUCGAUGCCAUGAGGAAACUCAGCGACAAUCCACAGAACCCAGAGGCCCUGUCGGAAUUGUAUAAUGCACAGAAGCAAAUGUCCAAGUGGGCCGAGUCGAAAAACAAGCCUGGACAAUUCACGGGACACACGGGGGCUCAAAUCCUUUCCCAUGCCGAACUUUCUACCGGAAUACAAGCCUGGGCCAAACAAGAUCAGUUCGUGAAGGCGAAAAAGGUAUCCGGUGGCUUUGGAGAGUUCAUGUUAAAGAAAAUGGGUUGGCAGGAGGGCGAAGGCUUGGGGAAAGACAAAUCCGGGGAUGUGGAUCCUCUAACCUUGGACAUCAAGCACGAUAAGCGUGGUCUCAUCGCCAUGGAGGAGGAAAUCUUCAAGAAGAAAAGCCGAGGAGGUGGAGAUGUGAUGACCUUAACCGGUUGCAAGGACAUCUCUGCCAAACAUCCAGUAUCUGGUCUCAUGGAAUUGGCCACCAAGAGACGAUGGGGACCUCCAAAUUUUGUUCAAGCAUUUGAGUUCGGGCCCUCUCACAAGAAACAAUACAUCUUCAAGGUUACUGUCAAUGGAGUGGAUUAUCAACCGACUAUUGCAAGUGAUAAUAAGAAGAAAGGUAAAGCUGAUGCGGCCACCGUCGCUCUCCAGGAACUUGGGCUUUUACCGAAGGAUCCGAACAAUCCAUUAUGAAAGUGUUGUCUUAUCAGUAUCAAUGUCAUCAUCGGUUGUCAAAUAAAAAUUACGCUCAGCAUUGCA